AGCGGAGGGGCCUAGCGGGGCGAUAUAGGGAGAGACGGUCCCAUAGAUAAGUAGGUCCUAGUCUGCGAAUGGCUUUAAAGGUCAAAACAAAAACUUUAAACAUGACCCGGUACUCGAUCGGCAGUUGAUACAGGACCUCCGUCUUUGUAGGAUUUAACUUCAGCUGACUCCCACUCAACCAACCAACCUCAGCAUCUAAACAACCCUGGAGAGCGUCAGGGGCUGAGGUCGGGUGGCUCUCCAUUGUGAACAGGGAAGGGGAGCUUCUGACCUCUCUGGGUAGCUGAUUCCCCUGUCAAAUUGGUGUAAGAAAAACAAUUCAGCCAGUACCUUCCCACCUGUACAUUCAACCCCUGAUUGCGAGUCGUGUCCUCUGCUGCCGACGGGGAGAGCUCCCUGCCCUCCUCUAUGUGACAGGCCUUCGAAUGCUUAAGGAGAGCAAUUGUGACCCUCCUCGGCCUCCCCUUUUCCAGGCUGGACUUUCCCGAGUCCCUCCGGCCUUCUGCAUUGGGCGUGUAAAACGUGUCCCCCCAUCCUGACCGUCAGGGCUGUUCGACAGUGGAAUUCAGCUCCAAGGGGGUUCUCUAGGGGAGGGACACGAGGCCUCUGGGGCUAAAGUCCUCACACUGAGGGCUUGAGGAUGGGGUGAAAUGGAGGGGGGCCAGGAUCUGUUAGGCAGGCCCCAAAGGAAGGGGGGGGAGCAAUGAAUAGGGAGAAGAGCUUCUUAUGCCCCCCCCUCCCCUUAUUCACACGCACCCCGAUCCUGGUCAUCAAGUCCCUCAGUUCUUUCCUUAGAAAAAAUAUUUUUCCUAGUGCUGUUCAUGUAUUGCAUUAUUGUUUCCAUUGCUGAUAUUUGAGAAAUUGGAGUAAUAGGGUUUUUUUAUCAUUUCUAUUCACUUUUAUGCUUUUAUUGCUGUCCUUUUGAGUGAGGCAGAGUAAUUUUUCUUUAGAUAUGUGGAUUUAAAACACCCCAAAUCCCUUUCCUCCCUUGAUUCUGAUGGAUCGACUGCUGAUCUGGAAGUUUGGACACCAACCCCCCUGGUAACGGAGGCAGGGGACACUGCGAAUCCGGCCACGGACGGACGGCUCUCCACCAGUCAGUCAGUUAAGACGGUCGGACGUUGCUGGCGGUUGCUCUGGCUGAGGGGAGCCUUUGGCAGGUUGGGAAAAGAUCGGGCCAUUCAGGAUAGCAAAGUUAGUGAAUAAGAUGCGGUGCCGGUAGCUUCUCUUGUGUUUUGGUUCUUCCUGUGAGGGGGGAGAGAAAAUGUAUUUCAAAGUUUCCCAACUGAAUGAAGUAAAUUAAAAUAAAUAAAUUAGUAAAAAUGGGCAUGUGGGAAGGGAACUUCUUGUUUGAGGAUCAUGCACAGCCUUAACCGAACAGCCCAGUGCUUGGGGAGACGGGCCUGUGAACUGGUGUCAAAGACCUGCCUGGCACAGUGGAGGGAAAUUUGAGAAACUGGCUCCCAAGGUCCAGACAGUCUAGCCCGGCCACCAAUAGCCAUGGAAACACCACCGGCACCCACCAAUCAUCACACGAGGUGACUGCCCUGUGACAGGCAGAGCAUGCUGGUGAAGCCAUGCCCCCUGGUAUCAGCCUGCUGCCCACCCUGUACAGAAGGGACCAGUGGCACAUGGGCAUGCAUUCCUGGGAGGGUCCUGCCACACCUGCCCAUCCCUCCCCAGCUCCCUUGGUGGAGGCCAGAUUGUCCUUCCCGCCCAGGGGUUUGAGUGAGAGGAGCAAUUGUUUUUGCCAGACAAGAGAAUCACAGACCUCCAAACAACCAAGAGGGAGGAAUGCAAGGGCUCAGUCACAGGAGGCCUGUGUUUGGGUCCCACUAAUGAUUUUGUCUAAUCCUCCCCCUCAUCUCCCAGAUGCAGGGUUGCCAAUAUCCAGGGAAGGCCUGGAAAUCCCCUGGGUUUGUGGCCCCCCUCCCAACCUCCAUUCAUCCCAGCAAUCCAAUUGUGCCUCGAUCCGAGCACAAACCACACCCCUGAUGCAAUCCCACUCUGUUCCAGCACAAGAUUUACACUUGACCUUCGCUGACAGGAGAUUCCUAUGGCUGUGGAUGGGCAUAUCUCCUGACCCACUCAGUAGCCACCCGAAGCCCCUAAAACAGCCUGACCCAAAGAAACAUCUUUAAGGAGCGAGAAACAGUUAAACAUUCCAAAGGACCAAACAGGCAUAUUUCAAGGAACUUGGCAUGUAGUACUGCGAAAUAUUACAAGCCACACUUUUGUUCUUAUCCACCAUGUGUAAUUAUUCUCUUUUGUUUUCCUUCUGACAUGUUGAUUUCUGCCUCCUACCCACCCAGCCCCACCCCCACAGGAAGAAGCCCGUCUUCAUACCCAAGUGAGUAAAGGAAUCUUUUCACAGUCAGAGCCAACCCAAUAGAAGAAGAAGGAGAUGGAAGAGCAGGACACAGGAGCACCUGGACUUGGCAAGACAGCAAUGAAGGACCCCUGUUCCAUCCAUGCUGGGACUGGUGUUGCAUUCUGGGAGAGAGCCAUGCCAGAGGUCUUGGAUCGGGAGACCCUGAACUCAGAAGUGCUUUGCCGACGCUUCCAGCAGUUCCGCUAUCGUGAUGCUGAUGGGCCCCGAGAGGUUUGCAGCCAGCUCCACGGACUUUGCAACAACUGGUUUAUGCCAGAAAGGCACUCCAAGAAGCAGAUCCUGGACCUGGUGAUCUUGGAGCGGUUCCUGACCGUCCUGCCCCCUGAAAUGCAGCGCUGGGUCAGAGGAUGUGGGCCAGAGAGCAGCUCCCAAGCAGUGGCCCUGGCCGAGGGUUUCCUCCUGAGUCAGGCCGAGGAGAAGAGGCAGGCAGAACAGAGGUUGGAUCGAUCUGUGAAGAUGGAAGCUAAGUUGGAAAGAGCUCUUUUGGAGGAAGAGCAGCUGGGCCCGGCCCAGGAAUGUGCUCAAGCUGCCCUCUCACAUGGCAGUGAAGAAGCAGCGUUGACCUGUUCUGUUCUUAGAUUUGUGAAAACAGCGGCUGCACCCCCAGUCCAGUCUUUGGUUUCUUUUGAGGACGUGGCCGUGUCUUUCACAGAGGCAGAGUGGGCGCUGCUAGAUCCAGACCAGAGAGCUCUUUGUGAAGACGUCAUGCUGGAGAACUACGGGAUCGUGGCUUCUCUGGCACCUAUAGAGGAGAUGGUUGGGGGAAACCAGGGAUUCUCUGUGGAAGAAGACCAGGAUGAUGUUUCUGAAGGAAAGGUUGGGGACAGAGACCGACCACAAAGGCAGGAGGGAAACCAUGCAGACAAGACGGCAGAUAAGCCCAUUCCAUCCCAAGGAGGAUGCUUCUAUGAAACUCCCCUCCAAGAUGUAAGAUCAACGGAAGCAAGAACGAACGAAUGUCUUCGUACCAACCAGAGAAUCUACUCCAGGGAAAAUCUGGCCAUUGGAAAGACCUGCGGAGAUGAGCAGUGGAAUGAGGGUGAUGAGGCAGUCCUUUAUGAAGUCCAGAACGAAGAUUUGGAAGGAAUCUCCAGGAAUCGUAGCGGACCUAAUAAUCAGAAAGGAAGUCACAUGACUGAAAAUAGGGACAAACCUAUUUCAUGCCAAGGGCAGGAUUUCAGUGAACUAAUCCAAACAGCUGAGGAAGAAUAUAAGUGCUUGGAAUGUGGGAUGACAUUCUCAGAUCAAAACCAAUAUGAGAUCCAUAUGCAAGUGCACAGUGGAAAGGAGACCCAUCAAUGCUUGGAGUUUGGAAAGAAUUCUGUUCACAGAACAGAGCAACCUAGCCAUCAAAGAACUUAUAAAGGAGAGAAAUCUUGUAGCUGCACAGACUGUGGCAAGAGCUUCUCACAAAAACCAGAUAUUUCUCAAAACCAUUGUGAGACUCAUUCAGGAGAGAAUCUAUUAAUCCACAUAGAGGGUGGAAAGGCCUUCUCUGGUAUAAGGAAGGGUAAUGUACAUCUUCCAAAGCACAGUGUAACAAAGGCACAUAAAUGUUUUUGGUGUGGACACUUCUUUAGUUGCCGAUCAAAGCUCCUGGAGCACCAAAAAACUCACACAAAGGAUAGACCUUUUGAAUGCUCUGAGUGUGGAAAGAGAUUCAGUCAGAGUGGUGGUCUUCAACAGCAUCAAAGAACUCACACAGGGGAGAGACCUUUUGAAUGCUCGGAGUGUGGAAAGAGAUUCAGUCAGAGUGGCAGUCUUCAACAGCAUCAGAGAACUCACACAGGGGAGAGACCUUUUGAAUGCUCAAAGUGUGGAAAGAGAUUCAGUCAAAGUGGCAUUCUUCAAAGGCAUCAAAGAACUCACACAAAGGAGAGACCUUUUGGAUGCUUUGAGUGUGGAAAGAGAUUCAGUCAUAGUUGCGGUCUUCAGCAGCAUCAAAGAACUCACACAGGGGAAAGACCUUUUGAAUGCUCGGAGUGUGGAAAGAGAUUCAGUGAGAGUGGCCAUCUUCAGCAGCAUCAAAGAACUCACACAGGGGAGAGACCUUUUGAAUGCUCAGAGUGUAGGAAGAGAUUCAGUCAGAGUGGCACUCUUCAACGGCAUCAAAGAACUCACACAGGGGAGAGACCUUUUGAAUGCUCAGAGUGUGGAAAGAGGUUUAGUUUGAAUGGAGAUCUUCAAAAGCAUCAAAGAACUCACACAGGGCAGAGACCUUUUGAAUGCUCAGAGUGUGGAAAGAGAUUUAGUCGCAAUAGCACUCUUCAAAAUCAUCAAAGAACUCACACAAAGGAGAGACCUUUUGAAUGCUCAGAGUGUGGAAAGAGAUUCAAUUUGGUUGGAGAUCUUCUAAAGCAUCAAAGAACUCACACAGGGGAAAGGCCGUUUGAAUGCUCUGAGUGUGGAAAGGCAUUCAGACGGAGUGACACUCUUCAGCAGCAUCAUAGAACUCACACUAAGGAGAGACCUUUUGAAUGUUCAGAGUGUGGAAAGACAUUCAGUCAGACUGGCAAUCUUCAAAAGCAUCAAAGAACUCACACAGGGGUGAGACCUUUCGAAUGCUCAGAGUGUGGAAGGAGAUUCAGUCACAAAAAUACUCUUCAACUGCAUCAAAUAACUCACAGUAAGGAGAGACUUUUUGAAUGUUUAGAGUGUGGAAAGAGAUUCCGUCAUAGGAAUGCUCUUAAAGAUCAUCAAAGAACUCACACAGGGGAUAGACAUUUUGAAUGCUCAGAGUGUGGAAAGAGAUUCAGUCACAAAAACAUUCUUCGACAGCAUCAAAGAACUCACACAAAGGAGAGGCCUUUUGAAUGCUCAGAGUGUGGAAAGAGAUUCAGUCAGAGUGGCACUCUUCAACGGCAUCAAAGAACUCACACAGGGGAGAGACCUUUUGAAUGCUCAGAGUAUGGAAAG